AUGGCGUGGCUUCCGGAGAGUGUGGUCAGGUCACUUGACGAGACUAAGGCUGAGUACAGAACUCUCGGCAGAAGUGGACUUCGAGUUUCUGUCCCCAUCGUUGGCUGUAUGAGUAUCGGCAGCCCGGAGUGGGCUGAUUGGGUCAUCGGACCGGAGAAAGCGCUUCCACUGUUGAAGGCUGCCUACGACCGAGGUGUAAACACCUGGGACACGGCCAACAUCUACUCAAACGGAGAUUCCGAACGGGUGAUCGCUGAAGCGAUCAGGACAUACCAUAUUCCUCGCCAAAAACUUGUCUUGAUGACAAAGGCGUGGAGCUGUGUCGGUGAAGAGCAGUUCCACGCCUAUCCCAUCCUCGAGGAGCUCCGUAAAAGCAAAGACUAUGUCAAUCAGUUUGAAACUGAGUAUAUCGAUCUGUUCUGGAUCCAUCGCUUCGAUCCGUCUACUCCAAUCGAGGAAACUAUGCAAGCAUUGGACGAUCUCAUCAAAUCCGGCAAAAUUAGAUACAUAGGGGCUAGUUCUAUGUGGGCCUUUCAGUUUGCCAUGAUGCAGUUCUGUGCCGAGAAGAACGGCUGGACAAAAUUCAUUGCAAUGCAGAACCACUACAGCCUGCUCUACCGUGAAGAAGAGCGAGAAAUGAACAAAUUUUGUAAUGCUACCGGUGUUGCUAUAGUACCGUGGGGACCUCUUGCCCAGGGUCAACUCGCUAGACCGCUCAGUGUACGCGGCACCACCACGCGCUCAACCGGUGGUUUGGGAGACCCUUCAACGACACGAUCCGAAGCCGUCGAGAUUAUCAACCGAGUGAAGAGCCUAGCCUCGCAGAAGGGAUGGACUAUGAGUCAAGUAGCUCUGGCCUGGAUAUUGAAGCGAACGACGAGUCCAAUCAUCGGCUUCAGCAGCAUCGAUCGAAUCGAUGAAUCACUUUCGGCUAUUGGCAAGAGCUUGACCGUAGACGAAGAAAAUUAUCUGGAAGAAGUCUACACCCCGCUCGAGAUAGAAGGCCAUUUCUAA